AUGAUGGUUAGCACUCAGACAUCGAAAAACUGGCGGUCGUCACCCAGAGUGCCGAUAUUGAGGAACAUACCGAUCCAAGAGUUGUUUCUGAUCGCAGAACAACGGAGUGCUCUUAUCAGUUCGAACCAUACGCACAUCGUGGAAAAGGAUGCUAAACUGAAAUCGUUGGAACGGCAAAGCUGUGGCGGUGUAAACGCUGACAAGUUGGAGGCGAUGAAGCACUACCUGACGAGCAAGCAGGCCCAGUACGCGAAACUCUAUAAGAUAAAGCAAGAGAUUGAGAAGGCGAACGUUCGUCGAAAGAUGCUUAGCGAUAAGCUGAAUGAAAUCAAGGAUACUCUGAAGUCGAAGGAGGCGGAACAUCUGAAAGCAAGUCAAACUCUGGACAGACUGAAACACGUUUUGGCCUGCAUUCAGAAGGCACAAUUGUUGGCAGCAAAACGUAAGGAACUGCAGUUGAUCGAAAGCAAAAUACGCGGCACCGAGGCGACCCUGAAGGAGCUGGAUGCCCAGCAGAAUAACGACGAUAUGAAGCAGCGCGAGUCUUCGAAACAACAGGCAGAGGAGGCUAACCGACAUACUAACGGUCAAGAAAGGGUCGAAGGCCCGGUACCUCGACCGAAAGCUGCCAUCGAACCAUUCAGUAUCGUUCAACCAUCCACCGUUCUGUGCGCCUACGGUCAUUCGCACGGUGACAACCCGGAUUCUUUGGGACCGGAUGAAUACCGCAGUUCCAAAGGCUUUGUUACU